AUGCUCGACGGACGCGAGCGGAAGUAUUACAUGGUCGGAGGCAAGGGCGGGGUCGGGAAGACGUCGCUGUCGAGCUCGCUCGCGGUGAAGUUCGCGAGCGCCGGGCACGAGACGCUGGUGGUGAGCACGGACCCGGCGCACUCGCUGAGCGAUUCGUUGGCGCAGAACGUCAGGGGAGGGCAGCCGGUGGAGGUGAACGAUACGGAUGGGAUGCUGUACGCGCUGGAGAUCGAUCCGGAGAGCGCGAAGGCGGAGUUUACGCAAUUCGCGCGGGCGACGGACAUGAGCGGGGGGGCGAGAGAUUUUAUGAGCUCGGUCGGUUUGGGCGGGUUCGCGGACUCGAUCGCGGAUUUGAAGCUCGGGGAGCUCUUAGACACGCCGCCGCCGGGGUUGGACGAGGCGAUCGCGAUCGCCAAGGUGUUGCAGUUUACGAAGGAUGAGAAAUUUAGCAAGUUUACGCGCAUCGUCUUCGACACGGCGCCGACGGGGCACACGCUGCGGUUGCUGUCGCUUCCGGAUUUCCUCGACGCGUCGAUCGGGAAGAUCGUGCGAUUACGUCAAAAGCUCACGAGCGCGACGGAUGCGGUGAAGGGGAUCUUCGGCGUGGGUGAGGACAAGCAGGACGACGCGGUGGAGAAGCUCGAAAAGCUCAAGGCGCAAGUCAAGGAAGUGCGCACGCUGUUUCGAAACAAAGACACCACCGAAUUCAUCAUCGUCACCAUCCCCACGGUGCUAGGCGUGAGCGAAUCGGGCCGCUUGUUACAAAGCCUUCGCGACGAGGACGUGCCGUGCAAGCGGUUAAUCGUCAACCAAGUGCUCAAGGCCGCGGUGACGUUUUGCAGCGUCAAGGAAAAAGACCAGACGCGCGCGUUGCAAAUGUGCGAAGAAGACGCGGGAUUAAACUCUCUCAAUCGCACCGACGCGCCGCUGUUUGACAUGGAAAUUCGCGGCGUUCCGGCGUUGAAAUUCUUCGGCGACCAAGUGUGGCGAUAG